AAUCACGCGGCCGCCAGUUUUUUAGCUAAUAUUUUAAAAACGGUCGUCGCAAAAUGUCCAUAAGAAAUUAUAUAAUCGCUUUAGCGCUUUUCACUGCAGUCAAUGCAUUUCCGGCCGAGAGACCAUCAAUAGUAGAGGAAAAAAAAGAAAGCUCGUACCCUUUGUUCAGUAUAUUCAAACCAAUUAUUGAACUGUUCCCGAGUCUCGUUGAUAUUGGACCCAAAAUUGAAAUUGGCGAUAAAUAUACGAAUAUAAUAAUUAAGGCUGAUCAAUACAAUGUGGAUGAAAUAACAGUUGGAGUUAAGGGAAGAUAUGUUACUAUUGAAGGAUCCAGAAAAACCGUGCACGACGAUCGAGAUCUUGCUAGUGAAUUUUUAUAUACGGCCACUCUUCCAAUCAACGCUAAUACUAGCGAAGUGUAUGCAAAGUUCUAUAGUGAUAAUUACUUAGUUAUAACUACGCCUAAUAAAGGUUCGAACACAGGAGUCGUGUAUGAUGAUAAAAUAGUUCCUAUUAUGAAAUCUAACGAUAACUACAUAAACAAAGAUAGAAGUGAAGAUAAAAUUCAGGUUACUACAGUAAAUAAUGAGGAGGUAACAGAAAUCACAAAAGUGUCUACUACACCAGUCGCUCUGGCGGAUGCUAUAAUUACCACCGCUGUACCUGUAAUUACUACCACCGCUGCACCUGUAAUAACUACCACCGCUGAACAUGAAAUAAUUACCACCGCUGUACCUGUAAUUACUACCAUCGCUGUACCUGAAAUUACUACCACCGCUGUACCUGAAAUUAUUACCACCGCUGUGCCUGUAAUAACUACUACCGUUGCACCUGAAAUAACUACCACCGCUGCACCUAAAAUAACUACUACCGUUGCACCUGAAAUAACUACCACCGCUGCACCUAAAAUAACUACCACCGCUGCACCUGAAAUAACUACCACCGCUGCACCUGAAAUUACUACCACCGCUGCACCUGAAGUAAUUACCACCGCUGUACCUGAAAUAACUAAACCCGCUGCAUCUGAAAUAACUACCACUGCUGCACCUGAAAUAACUACCACCGCUGCACCUGAAAUACCUACGGUCGUUGUACCUGAAAUAACUAAAGAACAUCCAGUGUUUACCACGAUAGAAACAAAAGAAAUUAUAGUGGAGUUAACAACGACUGAAAACGUGGAGACUUUCUCCGAUAGUGCUACCCCUUCAAUUUCGUUAGAAGAGAAUGAAGCUAAAGCAAACAGUGAAGAACAGACGACGCCAAACAUUGAAGCAGUUACUCAGAAUACUACUCCAUAUAUCGAGAACGAAAUUAGUGAUUUAGAGCCGGUUACUUCUAGUAUAUAAUAUUUUUAUGGUACUGUGGUUGGGUAGUUGGAAUGCGUUUAGCGUAGUAUUUAAUGGCUGGAGCGUAACUUGAAUACAGAUUGCACGCGUUGGAUGACCGGCUGUAAACAAUAGAACUGGAUGUCAUUCGUCAGCUAAGCGUUCAUGCGGUAUUUUCCUGAGUAUAUAAUUGUA